AUGCCAAUUGCUCAAGAAAGUAAAGUAGAAGAAAGAUUGGAGCAGCUUAAGAAUGACAUUAAGGAAGCUCAAGCUACAGCGAAUCGGAAACGUGGCGAAAUAGAAGCACUGCAUGAGCACAUUAGUCUGUAUACCGAUGAACGAGACGCACUGCUGACUGAUAUCCGGAAUUCACAAUCAGGAAAUUUGCAGUUGGAAAAGCAAAUCGAGAAGAUGAAUGCCGAAAAUGCUGGCCUAGAAGUUCUACUCAGUGAAGCGAAUAAUAAACUGAUUGAGGAGCAGCAAAAUAAUAAGAACGAAGCUGAAGAGCGAAAAAAUGUGGAAUCAGAGUUGGAACAUUUACAAAAAAUGAUUCAAUCAGCAGAGCUUGGGAAACGGAAAAGUGAAGCCGAGAAAGAGUCGCUGAAAAGUCAGCUGAAAGUUUUGCUAGAAGAAAUCACGCAACAAGAAGAAACGAUCGCAAAGCUGAAGAAAGAAUGCAAGAAGCGAGAAGAGAUAGCAAAAAAGCUUGAAUAUGAGAUUCGGGCGGAGGAGGAGCUCGCUCGGCAGGAUGAUUCCGGAAAAGUCCGGUUGUGUAGGAUCCUUGCGGAAGCAGAGGAACGAUUAGAGCGUGAAAAGUAUGCGCGCAACAAUGCAGACAAAGAGAAGCGGAAAGCAGACGGCGCCCUGAAAAUUGCAUUUGAAACACUGGAGGAGCUUCAGAAACAGCACCGAGAUCUGGAAAGCAGUUGUCGCAAAAACGAAGUUGAAGCACAUGCACUUGAAGCUCGCAUAGAGAAUAUUAAAGCGCUGGGGGCACGAAUUAUCAAGGAGAAUAAAGAUAGUAAUGAGCGCAUGUGCGAACUCGAGGAGGCAAUCGAAAAGGAGCGAGAGCUGCGCGCCAAAACAGACCGUAUGCGAUCGGAGCUACAACGUGACCUGGAUGAGACGAUGAACCAAGUGGAUGAGCAGAAUUGCAGAACUGGAGAGCAAAUUGAAGCCGGGAAAAAGCAUGAAGCCGAAAUUGCAAGGCUUCGACGUGACGUCGAAAGUUUCCGCAAUGCGCAGGAAACGUCCACCGACUGGGCAAGAAAGAAAAAUGCAGACGCUGCAUCCGAACUGAACGCUCAAAUUGCGGCACUAAAACGAGGCAAAGAACAAGCCGAAAUGGAACGCAGCGCCUUGAGCCGACAGCUGGAACAACUCAACGGCCAAGUGGACGCGAUUGCUAAGAGUUGCGCAGAAGAUGAGCGAAUGAUGAAACAUACACAGCUUGCAUUCGCUGACUUGCAGUUGAAAUCGGACGAGCAAAUCCGGGCACUCAGUGAUCUGACCGUACAGCGGCGUCGUCUGUUCGACGAUAACGAGCAGAUGAAGCAGCAGCUGGGUAAACUGGCAGACCAGAUGAACAUUUUAACAAGGUUCUACAUUGCCAGCGGCAGACAUUUUUUAGUAGUUUGUAAAGCCAAAAAAUAUUUUACACUGACGAAAGGCAGAGGUAUUCAGCAGUGA